AUCAAACUCAUGUUGUCCGUUGGAUAGAAUCCUAGAGGGACCCUUUACAAUUGAUCUGGCACCAGAUCCGAUCCAUAUCCCGUGCAGGCGACGAAAUCUCCCGAAACCCCACCGAACAAAAGCCACCGCCACCUUUCCUCUCUGUUCUUCCUCCCUCCUUCUCACUCACUCUCUCUCUCUCUCUCUCUCUGCUCAUAAACCCUAAUCCUCUCCUAACUAAAACCUCCUAGUAAUCAGCUCCAUUUCAUUCUGCUUCGCGAGUGCUGUGCUUUCCUUCUAGGAACACCUUAAAGGAGCAUCCAUCGCUUCUUCUUCCAGCCGCGGAAUUCGUCUAAAUCGGUGCAAAUUCGCUUCUUUUUGAGGCCUUCAUGUCGCUUCCGCUGGACCAGCAGCAGCAGCCGCCGCCGGCGUACAGGGGGGCCGCCACCCCUGGCGGCUGCGGCGGCGGGGAUGGGUCGAUCGGGCUGGUGAUCGGCGUUCUGGCGGUGAUUGCGGCGCUGGGGGUGGUCGCCUGCGUGGCGGGCCGGCUCUGCUCCGGCCGCUCCAUUCUGGGCUACGGGCGGUACGACCUCCACGGCUGGAUCGAGCGGAAGUGCGCCACCUGCGUCGGCGGACGGCCGGAUUCGGCGCGGCGGCAGAGCGCCCACGGAGCAGGAAGAACCGAGGAGGAAAAGCCGGCAGCGGGGCGGCCGGAGAUUACGGAGGCGGUGGCCGAACACUGAGAGCUGACGUGUACACAGUUCUCCUGGCUGGUCCCUCUGUUUGUGUUUAUUCUCUGAAAUGGUUUCUUUCUCCUUUUCUCUCUGUUCGCAUUAAUAUCUUAGUAUAAUAAUAAUAAUAAUAAUAAUAACUUAAAAAUAAA